AUGCUAUGUAUUUCUUCCAUAUACAGCAUUGUUGCGCCAGUUGCGGUUCUCGGCAUACACCCUUCCGAUUCAGACAAACCCUUAUUCCUGGGCCUGAAUUACACUUUAUUCCAGUACAUAACACUGGGAUUUCUCGGACUGCAAUACUUCUGGUUCUUUGUUGUUUUUGCUGUUAAUCGACUGGCUGAACCAGUUUUUCCGUGCCGUGCGCGGGACAGCACGGGUUGUAUUCGAAAUUUGUUCCACUUUAUAAUGGCAUGGCCUACGAUGAUUGGCUACUGUAUUGUUGAGCUGUUCGCUUUCCUGGAAGUUACUGUUCGUGGAAAAGCUGUCUGUAGCCAUAGUGCCAGCAAGAAAGAUGCAUUGGUGCAAAAAGUUACUUCGAUCAGUUCAGUGGAUCGCGGCUGA